CCCUAUUUUUAUAUGAAACAGAAAUCAUUUAAUAAAAAUAUAAGUACAACAUUUACAGUUCCCAUUAUUGUUGCAGUCAAUAAUAUAUAUAUAUAUAUAGAUGAUCCAGCCAAUGAAUGAGGUCUGGUUGCGUCUUGAAGAAUUUCAGCACCUUGGACAGAGACGGAGGCUUUCGUGUCCCCGUCGCGCUUCUGCUCUCCUCCAGACCACAGAUGAGCAGCCAUGCAGAAAUCCAUCACGACAGCAGCUCCUUAGCUCAUUUUGCUCAGGUGCAUUUAAAAAAAACAAGUGAUUUAACAGUCAAAGGACCAAUAAAAACAUGAACUGAUUUCCUUUUCGUUACAACUUUGGAUAUAUUAUCUUUGAAACCAAUGACUUUGCAACAACAUCAAGAUGAUGUUUUCUGAUUGAAAACUUUGGAGAGAUAACGAAACGUCUCACUUUGUCCUUCGGAUGUACAGGUCCUUUACUCCACUCUUCGUUUCAGUUCAGAAUUGCCUCAUUUACAAGCAGUUUAUGCAGCUCGACUGACGUCAAUGGAGCGGUGUGUGAUGUAUAUAACCAUUGAGCUCCAGGAGCUCCACUCCAGUCUGUCUGCAAACACUCUUCCUUACAAGUACUUUUGAAGCAACAGAAGACGACCGAGAAGCGCGCUGCUGUGUCCAGCAUGAAGCCCGUCCCUUUGGUCCUGCUCAUAACUUCAGUCUUACUGACCACCCACAUCCCGCUGAGCACCUGUCGACCCCGCGACCUGAGCCUCAUGAACAGCCAGCUAGACGACGUGCUGUUAAACAGGGCAGGAGACGACGCCGUGUCCUACCUCGUGGGCGAAAAACUCCUUCAGUAUUUGCAAAGAAACCUCGGAGCGCAGAAGGCAGGCGGUGUCCUGCAUCUCCCGCACUUCCCCACGGCGCAGCUGCGCUCUCCUCACGAGGACAACAGCUUAGAGGAGCUCACGGAGUUUUCCAAACGGAACGACGAUCCUCCGAUCUCCAUCGACCUCACCUUCCACCUGCUGAGAAACAUGAUCGAAAUGGCGCGGAUCGAGAAUCAAAGGGAACAGGCGGAACUGAACCGCAAAUAUCUAGAUGAGGUUGGGAAGUAGCUGUAGCUCCACGAUGAUGCUUUCGAUCGGCGAGUAAAGAACAAGCUCAAUGCACUCUUUCACACCCCCAAACUCUCGCUAAAGCAUAUGACAUUCACCGAUGCCUCCUGCUGACCCACACUCUUAGAAAUAAAGGUUCUUCAGUGGUUCCUUGCCACUGCAAAGAACCUCCUUCUCGUUCUUGAGUUGGCCAAGGUUCUUUGGAGAUGGAAAAAAAGGUUCUUCAGAUCAGGUUUCUAUUGGUUUCUGCGUUCCAACAUGAAGAACUACAGAAAAGAAAAAAAAAGUUCUUCUAAAAGGUUCACUUGUGGCAUCAGGGUUAUGUGGAACCUUUAUUUUUAAGAGUGGCAUCUAUCUGUUCACCAGAAGAGUUUCUGGUGACCUGCUGCUGUCUCCAUCACCUCUGGACCAUUUCAGAACCAGGAACCACAUGCAAGAGCCACAACAGACCUACCAGGACCUCUGCCCACAGCAAAUGAUCAGUCAGGGUGGUUCACGCGUAACCAAAUCGAGAAACGAAUCAAUCUACAAUUGACUUUGAGUGUUUACAGUUAUUGGCCUCCUACUUAAGAGUUACACUCUUUAAAAACAAAGGUUCUUAAUUGGCAUCGGUGGUUCCAUGAAGAACGUUUAAAGGUUCUUUUUAGAACUGUUCACUGAAAGGUUUAGAAGGCAUUGCUGUGAAAGCCCUCUUUUUGAACCUUUGUUUUUCAAAUGUGUAUAAAUGGAAGAAGUAUUACUAAAACAUUACAAAUCCUGCUAAUUAGGAUUGAGUUAUUCUCAAUGAAGUAAAAAGAAAAGGCCAUUGUAAAGACUAAUUUCUGUUCGGCUGGUUUGGUCGCAUCCUCUCACUUUGCCAACGGGAGUGUUCUCUCAUGACAUAAAAAUGCUAUACUUUGGUAAUAUUACCAAUAUUUACCACACACAUAAUGCCAGAUGCUCACUGUAUACUAAGUGCAAAAGUAUGUUCUCCUCACAUGGUGGGAAACAAUGAUCUGUAGCACUUCAACCAAGAGGCUUACCCACGUUUUGUGACAAUAAUGUUGGACAAUAUUACAAAGUGCUUGAGAUAUACUGUACAUUGUAUAUUGCUUAUCAUUAUGUAAAUUACAUAUAUAUUGCACCUAAAUGCAUAAACAUGACUUUGUAUUUUGAACAUGAAUCUGCAGAAAUAAAUGAGACUAUAUGCCUUUUACAAGUAACUGCAAACAUGUAAAUCUCAUUAUCACCCAUUAAAAGUGGUAAUGAUCACAGCAGACAGGUUUAUAGGAAGCCAGCUUCACUGACAUUUACACAGGCAUUAACGUCACACAGAACAUAAAAACACAAGUGGUGAGUAACAGGUGAGAUGCCACUAUGGAAACUGCUGUGCGUUCUUUUGAAAUGUUGCAUGCAUGAAAUGAAUUGCUGUAACAGGAUUAAUCCAAAAAGCUUUUUUACAUGUGAUUCUACUAGUUGAUCUAGGUAGUGAUUUAUCACUAUUUUUAAAUAAGUGGUUAUCUUAUAAAUGUAGAAUUAUUAGCCUGUCUAUGUCAUCCAAUUCAUUCACCACUUUUGAAAAUAUGAAGCAUCUUUAUUUGAAAGUGAAAAAUACACUAUAAAGCUACAAACAAACAAAUGACAAAAAAAAAAUAAAAUAAACAUCUGGGUUGUCCAAAUAUAUAUGUAUAUUCACUACCAUUCAAAGUUUGAUGAAUAUGAUUUUAGUAAGAUUGUAUUUGCUAAAAAUAUCAUUUUAAAUAUAUUCAGCCAGGAAGCAUUAAAUACUUUUAUUAAACACUUUUACAUUGACUUAAAAAAAUGCUUUUCUAUUGGACUUUCUAUUC